AAUUUUAUGAAACGUCAUGUCCCUUUUGUUACACAGUAAUAAUUAGCAUACGGAAUCCAUGUGACAAAAACCUUGUCAAUCAGUGUUAUUUAAUUAAUAUUUAUUAAUUUCUGUUUAAAAUCAAAUUAGGGAUUAAAUUUUCAAGUGGCACAAAUGGCUACGGAAUUAGAGGCGGCACGACUAUUAACUUACAACGCUGCAAGAUUACAAGAAUUAGGAAAGCCGUUCGUGAAAGAAGCUUCGAUGGCGAAAUGGACCGCGGCUGCGAUGGCUCAAAAAAUGACGAUAAGUUGUAUCGAUUGGAUGGGAGGGUUAGGUUUUAGCCAAGAAUUCAUUCAAGAAAAGUUUUAUAGGGAUUGCAAAGUUGGGAGUAUUUACGAAGGGACUUAUAAUAUCCAAAUGAAUACGAUCGCAAAACAUAUCCGAACUGAGUAUCAAUAAAUAAAUCGCUACUAAUACGUUUAUUAAUA